AGCGAUUAUCGAAAUAGAAAAACUCUCGUCUUGCCGUCCGAGUGUGUGUGUGAGUGUGCCGUGGUGUGAGUGUUUCAGUGUGCGUGUGUUCUUUUGGGAUUUCCCGCGUUCUGUGACCAUAAAAAAUAUUGGCACUUUUCCCAACUUGGACAAUACUCGUACGCUGCCAAAUCGUAGAGCAGAGCCAGACAACUGCCGGAAAUGCGAAAGUGAAAGCGGUCGCCUUUCGUGACACAAAAUAUAAAAAAAAGCAGAAAAUCGUCACCCAUACUCGUAAUAUGUCUUCCACGCUCAAGUCCCAACAACUGCCACUGAGCAUUCCCAGCCACAACGGCGGCGGAGGCGGCAUCGGUGGCAUGUACGUGAAGACAGCACCAUCGAUGCCAGGCAAGGCCUUCGAGGAGAACACUUGCUACGGCGCCUUCAUGUCACCCCCGCUGAGUGCCACAAUUGGAGGCGGCUCGAAUCGGGGCCAGGACACCUUUCGGGCCCCGCUAAAGGUGGAGCCAGCCGGCAGCGAUGGCUACAAUAACUUUGCCACCGGGGAGCUUCAGUUUCCGGACUUUUCGCACCUCUGCUUUGCCGCCGAGACACCCAAUUCGGUGUUCAGCGACUGCCACAACUAUGUGGGGCAGGAUCAGGACUUCGACCAGGACCACGAUGAUAUUGUGUGCGCCUCGGCGGACCACACGGGCGGUAUGCCGUACCAGCAGGGCCAGUACACACAGCUCAAUCGCGAGGAUAUCUUCCGCUUCGAGCCGGAGGACAUUGCUCGGCUAACGGGGGAGCCUGACUUUUCCGGACUGAUGCAGCCGCCGCCGUCGACGCCCUACACUCCCUACACGCCCUGCAGCGCCCAGUCCAGCCAGGUGACUGCCUCGUCUCUGGCUGCCACGCAGGCCGACUCCAUUAAUCUGGAUAUUGAUUAUUUUAAUUAUGAUGAAAUUAAUUGCCAAUCGAAAAACCAAUCACCGUGCUCAUCACCGCACCUGGAUGCCUGGUUGAAUUUCAAUCUCGGCGAGAUGUCAGUCACCGCCACGGCAGAUACAUCCGCCACGGCCACAUCCACGGCAGCCACAUCAUCGCCCAAACUGUGCAACAUGUACGACGGCCUGCUGCAGCCCAUCAAGCAGGAGCCCUCGCCCACAAGGCUGCCAUCGAUGAGCUCCACAUUCGGGACUCCCAAAUGCAUUCCCAUGUGCGCCAGCAAUUACGAGGAUUACUCGAAUCUCUAUUCCGGCCCGGGGUCGCAGUUUGCGGCCGAAAAUUAUCAAAAUAAUAUGUCGCACGCCAUCGAAAAGCCGAACCGUGAACACAAAACCAUCUGGACCAUUGACGAGCUCGACGAGCUGAUGCUGGGCGGCGACCAGGGCACCAAAUCCGAUAUGGCUAAUUAUUUUGCGGAUGAGUUGAUCAAAACUGAGGCUUUGGAGCCGGCAAUGGGUAUGGGUAUGGGCAACGCGGACAGCGAGGACGAUGACAAUGAGAAUGAGGUGGAACACGACGACCUCGACAACGAGGUUUUUGUCCAGCCCAGCGAGAUCAAGCCGGAGAGCUGCUGCGAUGCGGAGGUGGAGCUGGAGGUGGAGGCGGAGGCGGAGGCAGAGGCCGAGCCACUGCCACUCAUCUGUCGCUGGACUGGGUGCAAUGUGGAGUUCCCUCAUCAGCAGGCCUUCGUGGAGCACAUCGAGAAGUGUCAUGUCGAUGUGCGCAAGGGAGAGGACUUCUCCUGCUUCUGGCUCGACUGUCCCAGGCGCUACAAGCCGUUCAAUGCCCGCUACAAAUUGCUCAUUCACAUGCGUGUCCACAGCGGCGAAAAGCCCAAUAAAUGUCCGUUUCCCGGCUGCAAUAAAGCAUUCUCGCGUUUGGAAAAUUUGAAAAUUCAUCAACGCUCGCACACGGGGGAACGGCCUUAUGGCUGUCAGUAUAAAGGUUGCCUCAAAGCGUUCAGCAAUAGUUCGGAUCGGGCGAAACAUCAAAGGACCCACUACGACACGAAACCGUAUGCCUGCCAGCUGCCGGGAUGCACCAAGCGCUACACGGAUCCCUCCAGCCUGCGCAAACAUGUCAAGAAUCACGCGCUGCGCAAUGCCAAUGGACAGCUGGUGCGCCGCAAAUCUGCCGGCGGCGGGGCUGGCCCAUCGAAUGGCAAUGGCGCCUGCAGCAAGAAGGCGGCCAAAACACGCCGUCACUCAGAGUCGGCCCUGGCCCAGGCCCAGGCCCAGGCCCUGGGCGGUGGGGCGCCCUUAGGUGCGACGACAGGUGCGGCGGUGGCGGCGGCGACAGGUGAGCAGCAUCGACAGCACCGCAGCAAUAGUUGCAGCGAUUCGAUGCUUCACAUCGAGAACGGCCCGACGACUGCGGACAGGACAAACCGCAAUGUCUGCGGCAAUGUUGCAGCUAAUAACAAUUCAAUGAACUUUAAUGAGUUGUCAAAUUGCAUUGUCAUCAUUGAGCACAAUCAGAAUGAGGCAACAUCGGCAGGAGCAGGAGGCCAUAACGUGGCAACCACAGUACAGACAACAGCAUCAUCAUCGGCAUCGGCAUCGGCAGCGGCAGCGACAGCGGCAACAACAUAUGCUCUUUACGAUGCCGGCAGCAGCAACAUGGCGCCCGCAACGGAAACGGAUGCGCUGAGCGUUUGCAGCAGCAAUAGCAGCAAUAACAACAAUUACAAUGGCGGCUACAGCGACAGCCAUGAAAAUAUUAAUCAAUUAAGCGAGCUCGAACAAUUGCUGACAGCAGCGAAUGGGCACAGUCCGGGCCCUCGUCCGGGUCCGGGUCGGGGCAAUGCCGAGCCGGCAGUUUCCUCAGCCGCUAAUGGGAUUAGCACAGAGGGCGGCAGCGGCAGCGCCAGCGGCAGCAUCGACAGCAAAUGCCAUUUGAGCGAGUUUGUGUCGUUCGAGUACGUGACAAAGUAUAUGGCCGACACGUACGACCCCACUUCCAGUGGGCUGCGGUCCAAGAGCCCGGCAGUUCAUUUGCAUUUAGAAUCGGAGCAGGAGUUUGAUAACAAUUUCGAUAUGCUGGACUUUCAGGAGUUCAUCUGAGUUCAAACAUAGGUUAAGGUUUAGUUCUAGUUAGAGCCCACCGAAAGUCAGCGAAUCUGUAUCCAAAGAUCUCAGUGCCUGAGCCCAUAAGAGACCCCCAAGACCUUUGUACAUAGCAUCUAUCUAUUAGGCAUUAGAAACGUUCCUAGAUGUCCCGUCGGUUCCAGUGAUUAGCAGUGUCUUCCUCCAGCCUCUUCCUCAGCCCGCCAUGAGAGAGGUGGAAUCAUCAAUUUAGUUCUAGUACGUACUCUACGAGUACAGCCCUACGUUAAGUACCCUUCGAGAAGUGCCCUGUUAAAGAUGCACUUUAUCGCAUUAAUUAAAUUAAUUUCCAUGGUUUUUUUUCC